GGGAAAUUGACAGAAGACCAAAUUGUCGAGUUGAGAGAAGCUUUUUGUGCUGUGGACCGUGACAACGAUGGAACCAUAACCAUUAAGGAACUGGGCACACUCAUGCGGUCCCUGGGACAGAACCCCACUGAGAAUGAAAUGGAGGAUAUCUCCAACGAUGUUGACCCUGACGGUGAAGGAGCGAUCAAUUUUGUUGACUUCCUGCACGUAAUGGCCAAACGGCAAAGUGACACGGAGAGGGAAGAUGAACUGCGGGCGGCCUUCAGGGCCUUUGACGCCGACAACAACGGAUAUAUAGAUAAGACUGAACUGAGGAACGUGAUGACUGACAUCUGUGACGAUAUCACCAGAGAAGACAUAGAUGAGAUGUUUCAGCACUUCGACAGAAAUGGUGAUGGUAGGAUAAAGUAUGAAGAGUUCAUCUCUUCGGUGAUGGCGAUGGAGAGGGAAGAGUUACAGCAAAAGAAAUAGGAUCAUCCCAAUUUUUACAAGUGUACAGACAAAGAUGUACUUGAUAUUCAAGGAGUGCCAUGUGGACAGACUCAACGCACUUUGCUCCCACAUAUUGCUCAAAUCCACGGCUAAUACAUAUAUUGCCUAUUAUGGUACGAGUAUGGCUUAUCCGCAUUCAAUACUCUUUGAACUGGAUGAUCUGAACUUUGGGGCCUUUGUAAAUGUAAAAAAAAAGUGAGCAAGAUGAAGAAUUCAAAUUUGAAAGGUACUCAUAUCAAGUAUAUAGAUUUGAAAUUUCGCUGGAUAUUUCCAAACAUAUCUAUAUUUGUGACGCCAUAAUUAUGUGCAAUAUACCUUACUGUUGAUGAAUUGGUUGAAAAUUGUCGCAUAUGACAGUUGCCUAGAUCAAAAUUAUAUGUCUCAACACGUGACAGGACGGAUUGCUAAAAUUGUUUACAAGGGACUGUAUCUGCUAGGUCUUGUAGGUUGUGUAUGACUGAAUCUGCUAAGUAUCGGAAGCUGUAUAUGAUAUAUACUCUUAAGCAAUAUGGAAGAAAAUUAUUGUUUAUUGUUUCCGUCUGACUGAAAGACUUCUUAUUUGCAUCUGAAAAUAUCUGAUAUCUGAUUGUCUGCAUGCACAAGCUAAGCCAAUGUCUUCAAUUCCAGACCUAUAAAUACUUCCCUGUUUUUUGUUGUAUUCUGUACAUCAUAAAGCUAGUCUAUUGAAUGCGAUUUAUACAGUCUAAGAGUUCAUAGACGAAAGAAAAACUCAUGUGAACAAGCGAAAAAGUAUCUUAUGACUUGCUAUAUCUUCUGUUUUGUCGUACUUUACCGUCUACAGUCAUUUACUGCUCAAUUAACUACUCAAGGUUUAAUUUUCCAGGACAUUGUUGAAACUAAUUCGGCAUUUUCAUGAUUGAGAAAAAGAAUACAGACCGUCGUACGUUCAUUACAUGCUAUACUUAUGGCAAUGGUUUAAAAGUCUGAAACUUUGUCUAUUUCUGUUAUUACAAUUGUAACCAUUUAGUUAUUACCCCAUCAAGUAAAAUAUAGACUACAUUGUGCAAUACGACUUAGUAACAAGGCAAUUAACCCAUAUGCACUAAGCCAUUACAUGCACAGAUUUUAACUGCGACAUGGUUGUCCAAAAUAAUUCAAUAAAAUAUUUCGGUUAGUUAUGUGAAGUGAAACAAGUCAUUUCAUUGUUUUUAUGUGGUUAUUGUUGUAACGUCUCUGUAAUAAGAACAGAAUUUGCGUGUGUUGUCCGCGAGAUUGUCUGUCGACGUUGGGGAGCGUGAUCGUGAACAUGUCCCGAGGGCGUGGCUACUACCAAACAAAGGAUACGUGCCCCACAAAGCGGAACUUCCCGGCGCUGCAUGGAUCAUACAGGCAGCACCGACAAUGAUGACAAGGAAUACAGUAUUACUUCGUACUUUUCCAGAAAGGUUUGUAUGAGACAAAUUAUGUUUUUCAUAUCCAGAUAUACGUCAUACUUAAAGACUUUGUGGCUCUGUAUGAUCAAUCAGACCAUAAUCCCUAUCACUAUUGUUAUGUGCGGCUGUUUGUGUUUGGUAUUGUUUUCAGUCGCA